CCACGCUAUAUCCACGAAUAAGCAUCUGCUUACUUUGAAACUUGCUACUUUACAACUCCUCUCUGCGAGAGUUACUUGGUGACAUUGUCAUACUACCCUUUCAUGACAUUACUUUUCGAACAAAUCCUGACAAACCAUGAGCUACGUCACGAACGCCACCAACUGGUUGUCUGAUUCCAUUACUUCCCAGUCCAAAAGCCUCAUCGCUGCUUUCUACGAGCUCGCGGAUUCCAAACAUGAGGACGCAGGAGAUCGACUGGCCACCGAGGUAUUCUCGAAUGAAGCAACCUUCAUCAGUCCUAGCGGGACUUUCAAUGGGGCUGCAGUGACGUUAAGAAAGCACUGUAUCUCGAAAGGGUUUGCGGCAACACAGAGCACAGUUACGAGCAGUAAGACUGAACUGGUCUUGCUUGGGUCGGUCCACAUGGAGUUUGUGAAUGGGAAGAGCCUCGACUCGCCGUUUGCCGUUCACAUUAUCAUUGGCUCCUCAACCCAGGCCCUAGCCUCGCCUCGUAUCAACUAUAUGGAGGUCUUUUCUGACAAAUCGCAACUAGCGGUGAUUCUGGGUACAAAAUAGAUAUUACUGAGGUUAUUAGGAAGAAAAGAGGCGGGAUGUCACCAGUUUCGAUACCUUUGUAUUAUAUAAUGGCCAGAAGCUAACAUUCCUGUAUUCACAACUGGGCGGAGCUUAUCCUGGUCAGAAUGACUGGGAUCUGGAUGCAAAAGGGAAC